GCCUUAUGGCCGCUUGCGGAAGCUUGGCUGGGGAGGGAAGCGUGUCAUUUGUCGGGUGAGCCGCAGGCAGGACCGGCGGGAGAGUGGCCGAUCGGCGUGGGGAGCGGACAUCCCCGAGAGAGCUUCAGGAGAGACAACUGGGAAAAAGAUUUCUGGCGAUUUUUGGAAAACGAAAGCAAGAAUUGAGGUGCUCUCUGAGUUGCUUGUUUUCUUGCAGGCGUUUCGUUAGCCAAACUAGUUCCUUUACAGUUUUGGUGAUUUGCCUCCACGUUCGUGACUUGCGUCCACGUUCCCCAACCAUGGCUGAAGGGGGUACAGAUGGGAACCAGCCACCGCGCGAGCAUCCCCGCAAUUUGCAGGGGCUGCUACAGAUGGCAGUCAUGGCAGGCAAUGCCGAACCUGGUCAGACGGAACCUAUGUCUGAUGAGAGGAGACAGUGGUUGCAGGAAGCCAUGGUUGAGGCAUUUCGUGGUCAGAUGGAUGAAGUGGAGCAAAUGAAGGAAUGCCUGCGUAUUUUAGAAGAGUUAAGCCCAGGAGCAGAACGUGGGGAAAGUUCAGAGGAAACGCAUUCAGAUCUUGAUCGAAGGGAAAGUGCCCUCGAUGUACUGGCAGAGUUGUGUGAAAACUUGGAUAACGCUGCAGAUUUCUGCAAACUGGAGGGCAUGCGGCUGUUGGCCCACCGAUACUUGGAACAUGAAGAGCAGGAAAUGCGAUGGCGAACUGCCCAUCUGGUGGGCACCUGUGCCCAAAACGUGCCUAUGGUUCAAGAGCAGGCCCUGGCAUUGGGCUGCAUGAGGAAGCUGCUGCGGCUGCUGGAUCAUGACCCCAGCGAGGCUGUUCGGAUCAAGGCGCUCUUUGCCAUUUCUUGCUUAGUAAGAGCCCAAGAAGCUGGCCUACAGCAAUUCUUACGCCUUGAUGGUUUCUCUGUCCUCAUGAGGGCCAUGCAGAGUAAUGUACAGAAACUGAAGGUGAAAUCAGCCUUCCUCCUCCAGAAUCUUCUCAUAAACCACCCAGAACAAAAAGAGACUCUCUGUUCCAUGGGCAUGGUUCAACAGCUGGUGGCUCUGGUCCGAUCUGAACACAGUACCUUCCAUGAGCACGUCCUGGGAGCCCUGUGCAGUCUGGUAACAGAUUUCCCCCAAGGUGUGCGAGAGUGUCAAGAGCCAGAAUUAGCAUUGGAGGAACUGCUAAAGGAACGCUGUCAGCUGCUUAGGAAUCAAGAAGAAUUCCAGGAGGAGCUGGAUUUCUGCGAGACCCUACUGCGUCUUUGCUUCCACAGUCAGCCUGAGGAAAACAACAUGGACCGGUAGCUUGGCUGUUUGACAUGGCUGAAGUUCGCACUCGUCUUUGGAUCUGUGCUGGUUGGAGGUCUCCGAUGGAAAUACCCACAUUUAUCCUACGUCCACUGACCCAGCGGUAAGCUGGAGUAACAGAAGAUCUUUCGGAAACUGAGAUAUGUUGCUGUUAAGCUGAAUGAUCAGCAGGAAGACUUUCAUAAGCUGUUGCUGCAUAACUUCCUCUUCAUCAUCCUGCAAAAUGCAUUUUUCUAUCCUUGUAACUUUGCUCAUCACAGUAUAGCUUCCCUACUCUAAAAACCAUAGUUUUUAAAGGAUUCUUUCAACCUCCAACUUUAACUGGGAAAUGAGCCCUACUUCCUAUUGUGCUUUGCUUGUUUUCAUCGUUGCUGUGAUUAGUAAGGGAGGGACGAGUUUGAGUACUUUUUAAUGGCUUGGCCAUUAAAGCCUUGGAAGAGAAAUCAGCAUUUUUAAAAAAUUCCGUUCCCAAGCAUGUGCCUUCCAGAUGUUUGAACGUUCACUCCCAUUAUCCUUAAACUAUCAAAAACAGGGUUUGUGAUGCUUUAUCUCUGUUCAUGCAGGUAGCAAUUGAAGCCCACAGGUAGGGAGAACAAAGUUUGGGGGGCAAACUCUUUUCCAGCUAGCACUGAAAGACAGGAAUGUUGCUGCACUGCUCUUGAGCACCAAAAUGCUUUCAGCACCUCUCAAUCUAUGGCUGGGGGUGAGAGGGUUGUUAAAAAUUUAAACACAUCACCUCCCACUCCAGACUUACAAGAUUGCUGCAUUUUUGUGCAGAACAUUAGGAAACCUGGCUACAGCCAUAUUUUAAUCAAUUUUAGUUCAGGAUUCUGCUUAAAAUAAUGUCUAUCUCUUGGGGAUGAUAGGAAGUAGGGGACCCCCAAAUUUCUUCUCUAAAUAUGUCAUGUUUGUUCAGCAAACUGAGCUUUUUACGCCUAUGUAGAAAUGCAGGAUCUGUAUGAUAAAUUACCUUUAAAAAGUGUUUCAAAUAUGGGAUAACUGGAAAAGGUAUGUCAGAUUGGGCAGCUUGAAAGGCAGACUGUUGCUUCAGUAGAGUUGAAAAAUGGAUUACCAUACAUAGAGGUAAAAGGAAAUUCCAUUUUCUUUGCAAGUCUUGGAGCCCUGCCUCCCCCCCCCCCCCCUUGCAAAUGGCUUUCCUGGUUAGAAAUGGGGAUUGUAGACCUUUGGGUUCCCUCCCCCCCCCUCCAAUUGGCUCAUCUGAU